AGAGCGCUGCCUCUGUCCAGGGCCCAGCUGGGGGUUGGGAGGCAGAAGUGCAGCCCUGGAUCGAGGCCUGGGCGCCACCCACCCUGAAGCCCAGCUCCAGCCCGCCCCCUGCCCCCUGCCCUGCCCUCCCACCCGGGAACCCCGGGGAACUCCGCUUCUGGCUGUCUGGGGAGGGGGAGCGUCCCAGUCCAGCCACGCCCCUGCCCACCCUGUCUCGGGGUCUCCCUUCUGGCUGGCAGCGUCCACGCUGGAGUGUGAGGCCAGGGAGAGCGGCACACGCUUGCCCACCUGCCCCCACCCGUCCUCUCGGCCCCUGACCCCGUCUGCUCCGAGGCUGGGCCGGCCCUGCCGUGCCCUGUGGGCGGCCAAUUCCGGGAGCCUGGGCCCAGGCGGUUUCUGAGAAGUGAAACUUGGCCUCCUUCCUGAGUCCGGGUCGGAGCAUCUGGGCGCUCCCGCCCCAGGGUCACCCCAUGUCUGCGUGCCGGGUGCAGGGCCAGGGACACCCAGGCAGGGCCAUGGUCCCCGCAAGGCUUUUGUGGAUCUCCCUGCUGCUGACAGGGGUCUGGGGUGCCCAGGACGGGGACGUGCGGCUGGCCGGCGGGAAGCGCGCCAACGAGGGCCGCGUGGAGAUCUUCUACCGCGGCCAGUGGGGGACGGUGUGCGACGACCAGUGGGACCUGCGGGACGCGGGCGUGGUGUGCCGCGCGCUGGGCUUCCCGGCCGCCGCGCAGGCCCUGCCCAGGGCAGCCUUCGGCCCAGGAAGCGGCCCGGUCCUGCUGGACGAGCUGGAGUGCGCGGGCACCGAGGAGUCUCUGGCCGACUGCAAGUCCCAGGGCUGGCUGCUGAGCAACUGCAAGCACGAGGAGGACGCCGGCGUGAUCUGUGCCAACCGAACCAGCAGCAGCCACACCCUCGACCUGUCGGGCGAGCUGCGCGCCGCCCUGGAGCUGCUCUUCGACAGCCAGAAGGACUGCGACGUGUCCAUCCGGGUGCGGGCGGCCGGGCCCGAGACGCCGGACCUCUGCGCCCACAGGCUGGUCCUGGCCACCAACCCCGAGGCCCAGGCGCUGCUGAGGGAGGCCUCAGACGGCACCGUCACCCUGGAGGUGGACCCCGAGUGUCUGCCCGUUGUUAGGGACUUUAUCAGGUACCUGUACUCACGACGGCUGGACGUGUCCAUAGCCACCGUGAAGUGCUUCCACAAGCUGGCGUCGGCCUACGAGGCCCCGCGGCUGCAGGCGCACUGCGGGCGGCUCUUUGCCGUCGUCCUGCCGGAGGACCCCUCCUUCCAGACGGCGCUGGACCUCUACUCCUACGGCCUGGCCUCGCGCGACCCCGUGCUGGAGGGCGUCUGCCUGCAGUUCCUGGCCUGGAACUUCCAGGCCCUGGCGGAGUCCGAGGCCUGGCCACGCGUGCCGGCCACGCUGCUCCAGGCCCUGCUGCCCAGGAGCGAGCUGGCCGUGCCCAGCGAGCUGGCCCUGCUGAAGGCGCUGGACGCCUGGAGCCAGGCGCAGCGCGCCCCCUCCCGGCAGACGGCGGAGCUGCUGGCGCGGGUGCGCUUCCCCAUGCUGCAGCCGCAGGAGCUGUUCGAGCUGCGCUUCAGCCUGGCGCUGUUUGAGCAACAUGAGGCGCUGCUGCAGGCCCGGAUGCUGCAGGCCCUGGAGUUCCACACGGUGCCGCACGGGGCGCUGGCCCUGCACCGCGGCCUCAACCUCACCCAGGACGCCUACCAGCCCCGGCUGUACACCGCGGCCCCCUGGGGGGCCUCCAUCAACGACACAUCCGCAACACCGACACAGGGCUGGGAGAGGUCCCCCUGGGGGAGGGGCGGCCACUACAGGCACCGGGCCUACGGCGGCUACUACACCGGCACCCGGCCCCAGUACUUCGAGACGCCCCAGCACCCCAGCUUCCUCUUCCAGGCCCGGACCCUCUCCUGGACCCUCCACGACCUCCGCUCCCUGGACAGCUGCCGGAGCCAGGGCUUCUCCUGCGCCUCCGGCGAGCUGCCGGCCGUGGGGCUCUACCGCUCCGGCUCCCCGGCCCCCGGCGUCGCCUACGACAACAAGGCCCUGAUGCUGUGUGGGGAGCAGCAUCUCGUGGUCCACGUGUCCGACUUCCGCGGCCAGACGGCCCCCGUCCCCGACGCCCAGCGCGCCGCCUCCUUCCCCUGCCCGGCGGGCCGGUUCAGCGCCGUCCACGUGGUCAUCCGUCCCUUCUACCUCACCAACACCACGGGCCCGGCCUAGACGCAGCGUGGGGGGGGGUCGGGGGAGCCUCUUCCUCCCUGCAGCCCACCGCCCGGUGCUCCCUGCUUGCCCCUUUCUCCGAGCUUAAGGAAAUUGUGCGAAGAUAGGCCACGGGGGAGGCAGCCCAGUGGGAUCCCCGUGCCCCGUGGGGUCCCCUAAGCGCUUCCAGGAGUGACCCCUGAGCACGCCCGGGUGCCCCCCGCCCCCCCAAAAGAAAGAAGUUACUUACUGGAAGGUUUCAGUAAGUGCUGAGGGGGUGGUGCGUUCCCGGCAUCCCGGACCCCUCAGGACCCUGGGGGCGCGGCUCUGAGCCCCCCGCAACCUCCUCCCCCCCGCUCCUGUCCUCAUCCUGCCAUUAAAGCGCUUGCCGAGC